CAAAUCCCAAGAUGGCGGUGCAAAUUUCCAAGAAGAGAAAGUUUGUCGCUGAUGGUAUCUUCAAAGCUGAACUGAACGAGUUCCUCACAAGAGAGCUGGCUGAGGAUGGCUACUCAGGUGUGGAGGUUCGUGUCACCCCAACUAGAACUGAAAUCAUCAUCUUGGCUACCAGGACACAAAACGUGCUUGGUGAGAAGGGGCGUCGUAUACGUGAGCUGACUGCAGUGGUCCAGAAGAGGUUUGGCUUCCCCGAGGGCAGUGUGGAGCUGUAUGCUGAGAAGGUUGCCACUCGUGGUCUUUGCGCCAUUGCCCAGGCAGAGUCUCUGCGCUACAAGCUUCUCGGGGGUCUCGCUGUCCGCAGGGCCUGCUAUGGUGUCCUACGGUUCAUCAUGGAGAGCGGGUCCAAGGGUUGCGAGGUGGUGGUGUCUGGAAUGCUCAGGGGCCAGAGGGCCAAGUCCAUGAAGUUCGUGGAUGGCCUCAUGAUCCACAGUGGAGACCCCGUUAACUACUACGUCGACACCGCUGUCCGCCACGUGCUCCUCCGCCAAGGUGUGCUGGGGAUUAAGGUGAAAAUCAUGCUGCCCUGGGAUCCCAGCGGUAAGAUUGGCCCCAAGAAACCUCUCCCUGACCACGUGAGCAUCGUGGAGCCCAAGGACGAGCAGGUCCCCUCAACGCCCAUCUCUGAGCAGAAGGGAGCCAAGCCGGAGGCCGCUGUCGUCGCACCUGCCACACCCGUCCCAACAGCAUAACCAUGAGGGAUGGAAGAAGCAUACGCC